CAUUGACAGAAUCAAGCAGACACUCAGUAGACUGCGCGGUGUGACGAUCUGUCGUGGACAGGGGUGGGGCGGGAGAGGGCACGUGACUGUAUAUGGGCGGGUCACCUCCUGGCCCUGCCCCCUUCGCUGCGUCAGGUGACUGUGUACAGCUACACGGGUUUGCUGUUGACGGUUACUACCCAGCUAUCAGCUGAGUUUUCAUCCUUUUGCAGUGAAGUGUCCUUUCAUCCCUCUAACAGGCCGAUCGUUAGAGGACUCUCCCCGACAAGCUUCGAGGAGUCCGAACACCUACUACGAUUUUCGGCUUCCCUGCCCUCUGUAGAGUUUGAUUUUUGUGGUUUCUCCCUCGGAAACAGACAAACCUCCGACGACAAUGGCGCUGAGCGAUGCCGAUGUGCAGAAACAGAUCAAACACAUGAUGGCCUUCAUUGAGCAAGAGGCCAAUGAGAAAGCAGAAGAAAUAGAUGCAAAGGCAGAAGAGGAGUUUAACAUUGAAAAGGGCCGUCUUGUACAGACGCAAAGAUUAAAGAUUAUGGAAUAUUAUGAAAAGAAGGAAAAACAAAUUGAGCAGCAGAAGAAAAUUCAAAUGUCUAACAUGCUGAACCAGGCUAGAUUGAAGGUCCUGAAAGCCAGAGAUGAUCUCAUUUCGGUGAGUUUGCUAAUAUUUUGAAUGAAUUAAAAUACUGU